GGUCAGUGCAUCUAAUAUGAGCUUAUCUAAUGUAUGAGAGGUGGUUCAAUAAAAUGUUUGCACUUUGCUUUAUCUGGGGCAGCCUAUUUGCUGGUUUUCUGGCUGUGAUUGGAGGCUUCAGGGUGCAGCAGGUGAAACCUGAGUAGCGUCAUCAGCACACCUGUGAGCCACGCCCAUCUUUGUCCCUUCCAGUUUCUGUUCAGACUGAGUAGGAGAUGGCAGCAGCAACUAUUUCUAUUGAACAAGACCAGUUUUGUUGUUCAGUGUGCCUGGAGGUUUUAAGAGACCCGGUGACGAUCCCCUGUGGACACAGCUAUUGUUUGGACUGCAUAGAAGACUACUGGAACAGGACCAAGCAGAAAGGCCAGUACAGCUGCCCACAGUGCAGGCAGGUGUUUAAUCCGAGACCUCUGCUGAGCAGAAACACAGUUCUGGGUGAAGUGCUGGAAAAGUUUCAGCGAACCGGAUUUCAAGCCGCUGCUCAACACUUGGCCAAACCUGCGGAUGUGAAAUGCAGUGUUUGCACCAGGAGAAAAGGCAAAGCUGUUAAAUCCUGCCUCGCGUGCUCGGAGUCUUACUGCGUGGCUCACUUGAGAGUCCACGAAGAACGCUUUCACGGGAAGACCCAUAAAUUGAUCCCAGCUGUAGAUCAGCUGAGAGAGAAGCUGUGCCCACAGCACGAUAAAUCACUGAGGCUGUACUGUCUCACCGACCAGCAGUGUGUCUGUUCCCAGUGUGUUAAAGAGAGCCACAAGGGCCAUGACACAGUCUCAGUGGGGGAUGAGAGAGCAACACAACAGAAAAAACUACAGGAAACCUCUAUGAAGUCUGUGCAGAAAUUGAAGGACACGGAGAAGGAACUUAGAUAUGUUGUCAGAUACAUCAAGCACUCCACACAAGCAGCAGUGGAGGAGAGUGAGAGGGUUUUCUCUAAGCUGAUCCGCUCCAUAGAGAAACAAAGCUGUGAGGUGAAGGAGCUGAUCAGAGUGCAGGAGAGAGCAGCUGUCAGUCAGGCUGAGGAGCUGCUGGAGAAGAUACAGAGGGAGACAGCUGAGCUCAGGAGGGCUGAUGCUGAGCUGGAGAAGCUUUCUCGCAACGGGGACCACGUCCACUUUCUUCAGAAGUGCAAGUCUCUUCACUUACCUACAAAGACUGUGGAGAUGCCCAACACUGAUGCACUUCAAUACUUGAUGUAUAAAACCAUGAGAGGAGCCCUGGCUGAUCUCAAAGACAGUCUGGCCGAAACACUUGAAAGGGAAUUCAACAGGAUCUCUGAUAAGGUAAUUUCGCUUAAGGAAACCAGCAAUCAAAGUACCUCUGAAAAGACUAAAGCAAAAGACAUUGACAUACCAUACAACUCGGAACCAAAGACAAGAGCUGAUUUCCUACAAUAUUACAAUGAUAUAACCCUGGACCCCAACACAGCCAAUCCCUAUCUAAGCUUCUCUGAUGGUCGAAGAGCGGUGACCACACGUUUGGAGCCGCAGCCAUACCCAGACCACCCGUCUCGCUUCACCAGCUGGGCCCAGGUACUGUGCAGAGCUGGGAUGGCUGGACGCUGCUACUGGGAGGUAGAGUGGGCUGGUAACGGCGGGGUUUCCAUUGGUGUCUGCUACAAAAACAUGAGCAGGAGCGGAGGAGGGAGCGACUGCAAGCUUGGACACAACUCCAAAUCUUGGAGUCUGGACUGCACUUACUCAGUCUGUUCAUUUCAGCACAAUAAGGAGAGCGUGACCAUCGCUGCCCCCUGCUGCAGCAGGAUAGGAGUGUAUCUGGACUUCCGAGGGGGGACUUUGUCCUUCUAUAAUGUUUCUGAUUCGAUGGUUUUACUCCAUAAAGUCAAGACUACAUUCACCCAGCCUGUAUACCCAGGAUUUUGGGUGGGGUUGAGCUCUACUUUGAGGGUGUGCUCUCUCUAA